AAUGGAUAGGAACAGGGGAGUACUGAAAAAAGGUGGAUUGCUGAAGCACUGUAACCCAUUUAUUUUACCUGUCCUUACCAGGAUUGACUGGGAUGAUGUCACAUGGCAAUCAGGAAUGGACAGUGCCUCUGUAUCAACCUUAGAAGAAGGUGACACUAAGGACCUAGACUCAGACGACGAUGAUGAUGGUGACGAUGUAGAUUUUGUCCCUCGUAUCCGUGUGAGGUAUGGUGGCACUCUACAAACCAACAUUUGCUUGAAGGAACUGCCAGCUAUUAGCCUUGAGGAGGCGGUACAUGGAACAGUGCAACACAACAGUGCAGAAGAUGUCGAUGUCCCAUUGCCAGAAUCUCUGAGGGUUGUGGUUGAAGAAGACAUCAUAGGCCGUGGGGCAUCCAUCGCUUACCAUGACUGUCUGAAGCAGCUUACCGACUACCUUAUCAUCCCUGUCAGUAUGUGCAAAGCAAAGGAUCCACAAACCAAUACAAUUUGCGGUGCAGAAAGACCAUACGAAGUCAGUGUCAGAACCAGGGGCACAGCUGCCAUCAUUGAAUGGAUGUGUCCACGUGGCCACACAGUAUGGCGGUGGAGCUCCCAGCCAUCUAUGAAGUAUGGAAUGUCAAGUGGAGACUUUAUGUUGGCCACCAACAUACUCUUAUCAGGCAAUAACUAUUCCAAAAUUGAACUGUUGUUCAAGUUUUUGAACAUGGGUAUGGUCGGUCGAUCAACGUUCUUUGCCAUACAAAACAACUACUGUGUUGACAGUAUUACAGAGUUCUGGAAUGAGAAAAGAUCUGCCAUAAUUGCCCAGCUACGUUCAAAAGGGCCAGUUGUUGUCUUGGGUGAGUCACAAAGUAGGUUGUAGUCAGUAAAUGUCAGUCAUGGACAACAAAGUCAACUGAAUUUUUCGCAAGACAUGUACUCUGUGUGAACUAGACGUCUAUUUACUACUCAAUAGUUUGUGGUUUCAUGACCUUUUGCAUUUUCCUACCCCCUUCAGUGGUUGGCUUGUCCUUUAUCUCCCUUUUGUGUGUUUACAAUUUUUGCCAUUGAUAUUUGUAUUCAAAGGUGAUGGCCGCAUGGACAGUCCGGGAUUUUGCGCACAGUACUGCACGUACACGGCAAUGGACAAUGACUCAAAAAAAAUAAUGUCAAUUGUCAACCUGGACAAAAGGGAGACGAAUAGAAAUUCUGUUGCCAUGGAGAAGGAGGGCUUCAUUCGCACCAUAGAUGCUCUACGUAAAGAUGUGGAAGUUCAGGAAGUGUGCACAGAUGGCCACCUAGGGAUAAAGGCCCUGUUCAGCAAAGGGAUGUACAAAGACAUCGGGGUGGUGCACUGUCUGGACAUCUGGCAUGGUUCCAAAAACCUGAGUAAAAAAAUUGUAGCGGCAGGGCAGCAGAAGUCAUGUUCAAUCUUGCUCCAGUGGGACCGAGACAUUUGCAAUCACUUUUGGUAUUGCUGUAAGAUUGCGGGCACUUACUACGAGUUCUUUGAUAUGUGGGCUGGACUGUUGCACCAUGUCACGGGUGAACACGAAUGGGCCCUCGGUGCUUGUCGUCAUGGUCCUCUGGUGGACAGCCAUGAAAAGGACUGGAUUGUCAAGAAUUCGCCUGCACAACAGAAACUGCGGGAAAUCAUUAUGGACAUCCGCUGGCUGAAAAAUGUCCACCUGUAUCUUCCUUUCAGGUCAACAGCAGAAUUGGAGUCAUUCCACAACUCAUGUACGCUAGCAAGCGCCACAGCUUCUCACCACAAGGGUAUAAAGCUCGGACAUUGUUGGCUGGCCUGGAUUACAAUCACCAUCUUCACAGACCGGCCAAGAGAAGACAAGACGGCUCAAUACAGUAUGUAUAGUUCUAUCACACUCCUCAGCAAGAUUUCAAAUAUUGAAAGAUGCUGUUGA